GCAUACCAAUUUCACCAACACCAUCAAUUAGAACCAUAACCUCAAUAUCGUCAUUUUCAUCGAUUAGAACUGCAGAGCCGGCUCCUGCUGAUUCGUUUGUAAUGAUUUCCAAGGCUGACACACGUUCAACCUUUGAAACCUAUGAAUCUCUAUUAAGCGCCUCAAAAAACUACAGAAAUCAAAUGAUUGCCCUUUCACAAGCUGCUGCUAGUUUUGGUCAAGCAUUAGAAAGAACCGCUCGUUGUAAAGGCGCAGAUGAAGCUGGUCCUGGGUUACAAGCUGCCGCCGGUUUACAUUACCUAAUUGAAAACCGUUCAUCACCACUAAAAAUAAAUAGACCAAACUUUGUUUCAAACAUUAGUGAUCUUGCAUCGCUUUCACCAAAUUCUGGCAAUCCUUCCGACAACGAAGAUGAUGGUACCACUGUAAACAAUCAUCAUUUUUUAAAUAUUUCUGGUGAUUCUGAUUUAUUCGUUAGUAAAAGUUUUAAUUUCGAUUCAGAGGAAAAUGGUAGUUUGGCCAACAGUUUUCACGAUGUCGUAGAUGGAAAUAUGGAAGAUAAGGAUUGUGAUGAGAAUGAUAAUACACCAAAUCAAGCUUUCUUAUGUGUUAAUAACAACAAGGUUGUUGUUGAUAAAGAAGAAAAAUCAUCACAACAAUCAUUUUUAUCAAAUACAGACACUAAACCAUUAUUUGG